UUCGUUGACUCAACGCCAUUUACCAAUAUAUUAUAUAAGUAUGAACUUCUUACGUUGGGUAAAGAAAGUAUAAUAAUCGAAUUCGUUACAACGUAAUAUUAUGAUGUGUUUGAUUGCAGUAUAUUUGAAUUAUAUUAUGUUUUCCGUCAUAAACUGCUACUGCAGCGUUGCUAUAGCUAAAAUGUACACUUCCGUCUGUCAUCGUCAUUGAUCCAACAAAUAUUUUGGUAUACCAGACGCGACUCGAUACUUAUUACAUAUUUUGAAUUUAGUAUAUCCAUCGGGAAGUUGAUAAUACAGUAGAUUUUGUGGUACGAGUUCAACGAUGAGUAAAUUCCAGGAGAAUAUUAAACACUUGAUUCCAAGACCAAAAACACCCGUCGUCAAACCGCCGAUGUACCGCUCGAUUUACACUGAGUCUGUGAGGAGGACGCAUAAGUCAAACAAUAACUGUCAUAAGACUAUGGGCUAUGCCGAAGUUGAGCUCGAUCCACCGUCACAGUUUCUAAAGAAGCACACCAGAAAAGAUAUGAGACCAUCUGUCGAAAUAAAUAAAACUAGAUGCUGUGCUAGAAAAUCGAUUCAGAGACCGUGCGACGGCGCAGCGACAAAUGUUUCCAAAAAACUGCCAACAAAAACGCGGAAAAACAUUAGACAAACUAACAUCAUUGACGUUAUAAAGAAGGUGCCACCAUUGCCGAGGCAUCGGGUCCAGGACACAAGGAAUGGACACGUAAUUGUACUGAACGAAGCCGGUUUGGAGCCCACUUACGUGUCCAAGAAGAAUUAUGGAAAAACACCAGCAUAUAUCGUGAAAAUGUACAAGGAAAAAGAAAUGGCCCAACUAAUGGAGACUGAACGAAAACGAGCUGUAAUACCGCCUUUCCGAUAUUUACCCGAGGUCGAACGUAACGAAAUGUUGAACGGACUGAAGACAAAUUGGGCUGAACUUCACAAAGAAUUUUUACUGUUGCCGAUGCUCACCGACACGGUGCCAAAAAUGAAGAGGAAAACCAUGUUGGAAAAGCAACUGAACAACUUGGAGAAAGAUAUUGACCUGUUAGAGAGAAACCCCUCAAUUUAUGUAUGCCAAGAUGCAUAGGUCUUUGAAAAGCUUAAGAAUCUUCUACGGAUCUAACAAAUAACAUCACAGCUAAAUAUCAUUUUUUAUUUUGACGAUACUAUGGUAUGCCAUUAGUUAACUGAACUUUUUUUUAAAAUUACAAUUUUUCGUUAAUGAUAAUUGUUAAUAACGUUGUCAGAAUUAGAUAUUUGACAUUUCCUAUAACGAUUACUCGCGAAGUAAUAUCGAUUAUGACAAUCACCAUUUUUUAAUUUGAAAUCAUUAAAAUUAUAGUUAUAGUUAGGAUUAGUAUUAGGUUGGGAUGAAAUUUCAUUAAGUUAAUCAAAUAUAAAACGUGUGAUAACAUAACAGAAAAUUAAUUGUAUCUACUAUGGGCCAAAAAAACGGAGAUUUUUCAGUAAUUGCUUACUCUCUAUUAAUUUAUAUAUUUAUUUAUUUAUACAGACAAAGUCUAAUUACAUUUUACAUUUUACAAUAUAUAAUAAUGAUAAUAAUAAUAGUAUAAUAAUAUUUGACGAUAAAUAAAUUUUUGAAUAAUGUCUAAAUCAUAAACUUUUAACACAUUGUAAUUAAAUCUAAGGAAUAAUGAUAUUUUAAUUGCAUUCAAAAACAGUAUUAUAAGUUCAGCUAGUGAUCCAAAAAUGGUCAAAUCGUUGUUAGGAAAAUUGUAAGUAUAAUAUUUAUACCGCUUAUAAGGACCUAAUUUAAAAAUUAAUUCAACCUUUAAACAUCGCUUUUCGCGUAAAAAAAGGCAAAUAAAAUACAAUUAAUGUGGAAAAAUAUAUGUUUUGUGUUAACGAGCCAACUAAGUAGGUACAUUUUUAAUCAUUUCUAAUAAAAUAAGUAUAUUACACGAGCUUAGAAGACUUUUUUUAUAUUUGGACAUUUUCGUAGUGAUAUAUAGAACUUUGCAUUAUGCAUAUUAAGUAAAACUUAUAAAUUAUUUAUUUAUUCUUCGUGGGGGAAACAAAGAUCUAAUUUAAAAAGAAUAAGAGUAGUGACUUAAAAUUUAAACUUUAAAUAAUAUAUUAUGCUGUAGUAUAACGAAGAUUACAAUUUCGAGAAAUACAAUUAUUUUAUUUGCCUAAAAAAGGAUAGUUAGGUUAAAUGUUUUAAAGAUUUUGUUUUACUAAAUGUGUAGGUAAUUUCAAAAAUCUCAAUAGGAUUAUAGAAGAUAAAAAAAUAAACUUAAAUAAAAAUAAUAUGUUGCAAAGUAAUUAUUAUUUUAUUAUUUUUUUAAAAUAUUAAAAUCCAUGAAAACCCCAAAUUAUUUUUAAAUUUCUUAAAACUGUGACCCUGUAAUAAUUCAUUAAAUUUUAGGUUUAAGACAGGGGUCAAUGAAUUAAAAUGACUUAAAAAGAAAUCAUCUAUCCAUGUCUGGUGAGAAAGGGAAAAAAUUAAUGGAUACUUUUCAAAAAACUGUUAUUACGCAUAUGUCAACCAAAUGAGUUAAAAACUUGAAAUUUUACCAAAAUGUGUCCUUCAGUAUCCUAUACCUUUUACGUAGUACAAGUACACCGUAUUUCAAUCUAAGGCCAUCAACUUGAGAUAUUUAAUCCUAGACCAGCUCAGUGAGGAUAUCUCAGUUUUCAAUUAAGAGGGAAAAAACUUUUGACAAAAUAUAGGAAACAGAAAUAAAUCGAUGUCUUCGAGCGUAAUCUAAUUUCAACUUUCUUUUUUUUACCUCUAUGCAAUAUUGUCGCCUUACAAUCCUAAUUGCGUAUGAAUUAUCCUAAUAUUAUUGCAAAAAAGCACGCUCGAGGAGCUAAAUAAUAGUAUAAUAGGUAGUAAAGCCAGUCCACAGCAGUACCCAUUGGCCAUUGGCGUAAUUCAAUUAAAUUUCAGCAGAUGCAAAACUUUUAUUAGUCCAAUAAAGACAAAUUAAGUCAUAUUUUUUAGUCAACAACGCUUCGCUCGCGUGAACUAUAUUUUUUAUAUUUGAUUACGAAUAUGCAAAUAUCAAAAUCUGUAUGUCUUUGACACUAUACGUCUGUAUAAUAUAAAUUUUAAAAAUAAGCAAUAUUUAUAUCAAAUAAAAAAAUGUUAUUUUGGUAAAUUUAGUUCAAAUAGUCUGCAAUGACGGGACACGGCUAUCGGGCUCGUUUAAUGGAUGAAUGAUAACAAAAUUAUUACAUCACUCUGUUUUAAUAUUUGUUCAGUAUUGUAUGGCAACGUAUUAUGGUACAUUUUUGAAUGGAAUAGUUUAUAUUCUUUCGACAACCACCUUACAAUCUAAAGUUGGAUUCAGAACUCCGGUAACUCAGAAGUCAUACCAAAUACCUACGGUAAAAACGAAUGACCUAGAGGCCGAUCCUCUAAGAGUCUGGAAACCCAUGCCUCUAGCGAAUCGCGGUUAUAAUAUUUUGUAAAAACUAAUUUCAAUAUUAAAAACUUUUCUGUAUAAUAUAAUAUGUAUUAUUGAAUAUUUCCAUUCAUGUACUUUCCUAUGAAGUUUUAAAAUUAUUUCCAUGAGUAUCUAUACAGAUACUUAUUUUGAUUUCACCCAUUCGAUUCACUCAAUUCAAAUAAUAAUAAGUAGUUGAUUAUGGGUUUUCUACAUUUAGUUUAAAAUUAUCGAUCGUUCCUAA